AUGGAUUUCUCUAACAUCUUUCGACUCGUGAACAUCGCGAUCGGUGUGGUUAUGGUCCUGGGCGGUAUUAGCCAGUUCUUCCCCAUUUCCAUGAGCUCCAUCAUCGUUGGUAUCUAUGUGAUGAUCUUUGGCGCUGUUGUCGCCGGUCUGGAGUUCCUUCCCAACGUCCCCGACUACGCCUACCGCUACGCCUCCUUCCUGUUCUCCUUCCUGGGUCGUGGUGUCUUUUACAUCUUUGUUGGCUGCAUCAUCCUGCACGGCCACAUCCUCCGCGAGAUCGCCGCCUCCAUCGUCGGCAUCACUGGUAUCGCCUACGUGGUGCUGGAGUUCAUCCCCUCCAUCGAACCCCCCUCCAACAUGCGCGAGUCCGACCAGGGCUGGGGCGCUGAGCAGGUCUAA